AUGAGCGACAGCUUACUAGCCCGCCUCCUCUCGGAGCUGCAGCUCGACCACCACCGCUCACUUCUCGAGGAGGAGGAGCUCACCUUCAGCCUCCUCGCCUCGAUGCGAGCCGAUCUCCUCGUUGACUCCCUCGCUGAGCUGGGCUUCACGCCGGCGGAGGCACUUCGACUGCAGGAAGGUCUGGCGCGGCCUCCACAUUCGGCAGCGCCAUCGCCGCCUGAUCCUCCUCCCUCUCCGAUCACACUGGACCCGCCACCACCCGUGGAGCCGGCCGCUGCGGCGCCGGCACCGCCGCAGCCUCCGCCGCUGGCGCCGGACGCCGCCGCCACCGCAGAGGAGCGGCUGCGCUCGCGCUUCGCGGAGCUCCUGAGCAGCGGCCUGCCGCCCGCAGAGGCUGCGGCGCGCGCGCUCGAGCAGCUGCAGUCCGAGGCUUCCCACGCAGCCUCCGCCGCGGCCGCCGCCGAUGGGCCUCCGCCCGACCUGCGCGAGCCGCCGCCGGGUCGGCUCGCGGCGGCGGCCGAGGCGGGGCGCAGGCUGGCUGCAGCCGCGCGCGCCGAGGAGGCGCGGCGGGCCGGCGAGGCUGCGGCCGAGGCAGAGGCCGCCGCUUGCCGCGCCCGCGAGGCGGAGAAAGAGGCGCGGAGGAAGCGGGCCGAGCGUGCAGCGGCAAAGAAGAGUACCGCGUCGCCAGAGGCGGACGAGGCGGCGGCGGCGGCGGGCCGCAGCGAGCGCACCCGCGCACUCGCGACCGAGCGGCGGCAGCGCGAGGCGGAGAAGGCGCUGCUGCUCGCCGAGGCUCGCGCAGACCGCGCGCACAGGCAGGCGCGCAGGCCGUUUGCACCGCCCGAGGCCGCACCGCCCGAGAAGGCCGCGCCAGCUCCGUCCGUGCCGCCGCCGGGAGGCGGUGCAGCUAGAGGGCUUGGCGGCGGCGGCAGCGAGGUUGCGGCAGACGAGGGCGGCGCCGAUGCGGCUGGCGGUUGGUCGGCGCUGCACAGCUUGCCCCCGAGCAGCGACGCGUCUGCCCGGCGGGAGCGUUUCUCUGUCCGUCUGCCCGCGGGAGGCGUCGUGCAGGCGGCGUGGCAGGGCGGGAGACCGCCCGUCUGGGCGGUGCUCGGCUGGCUCGCGGCGGUCCUCAAGCUCGACGUGGACGAGCUCAUCGGCAAGUACGCCCUCGUGGACCGCUCCUCGCUGCCGCCGCGCGAGCUCGAGGACGAGGCAGCCACGCUGCGGGCGGCCGGACUCGACGCCGGAGCGACGCUGCUGCUGCAGCCGAGGGCGGGUGGGGCGCCUAUGCGGGGCGGCGCGGCGCGGCGCGCGCCCGUCUCGGAGAUGAGGCUGCCGUCCGGGCCUCGAGGCGAGAUGGAGACGGUCGGCCGGCUGUGCGGUUCGUACACCUUCGCCGACGAGGCCUUCCGCAAGGCAGGGAUGCUCGUGCUGCUGCAUGGCCCGUCGGCGAGCUCGCGCGCCCUCGCACACGAUCUGCAGGCGAGGCUGCACUUCCUCUCGCUCGCGUUCGUGCCAGCUUCGGUCCGCCGCCUCGCCGCCGCCGCAGGCAGCGGCGAAGGGGAGGACGACGCGGGAGACGCCGGCUACAGCGCCUUCGGCGGCGACUCGCUCGAGGCGGGUGCCGAGGAGCUACACAUCGUGAUGCGCUUCCUGCAGGCGCAGCAGCCGGCGCUGCAGGCGCAGCACCCGGCGCUGCAGGUGCGCGCGCUGCUCGCGCACGGAGGGGUUGCCGACGCGGCGCUCCGCUACGCCGUGCAGUUCGGCCGCGCCGCUUCAUGCCCGGUGCGGCGGCUCGUGCUCCUCGGCGCGCCUCACGGCUCGCUCUCCGACGCGCCACCCGAGGCGUGGUCUGUCUUGUCGGCAGACGAACACGUGGCGGUGCUGCGGGCGCGCAUGUACCACAGGCAACACUUGGCCGGAGGGAGGCACGGGUUGAGGCUCGUCGACGGCGCGGGCCAUUCCUUUGGCGCGGGCGGCGAGGGCGGCGGCGGCGGCGGCGGCCAAGGCGCGGGCGGCAGCGGUCCCGAGAUGGUUGCCUCCAUAGUCAACGACUGGCUCGAGGGAGCGAGGCGCCUCAACGAGCAAGCUGCGUCGGAGGAGGACGGCGACAACCUCGGCGGCGACAAGCAGGCGGACGACGACGACCUCGCGUUCUACUUUUGAGCUUGUUUUCGCCCCUGGCACACGCCACACCCCGAACCGGCGGCGAACCCCGUGCCCCGCUCGAGAGCCUGAAACGCUCGCUCGAGAACGGCGAACGCGGGAACGGGGACGCACAGUGAGAUAGUCGAUCUAGAGUCCGACCGGCGAGCGAUAGGCAGACACAGCAUCAAGUGGGUUUUAUUUCUGACUGUCUCGUGUCUGUUUUAACAUCUGUCAUCUCG